UGGUUCGAAGGCAGCUGAUUUGCAAUUUUUCGCGGCCUAAACGUUCGAAAGUUGUUGUUUUGUUUUGGUCGUGUCGCCAAAUUUCGCGCGAUUUUCCAGUAGCAUCGGUGUGUGUGCAUUUUAUUUCGCACCAGGAUCUGUCUCAAACUCUAACUCAGACUCAGACUUUUGGGUGUAUGUAUUGGUGGCAUCCGGCUACUGUGUGUGUUUUUGCGUCUGUGUGUGCCGGCAGAUCCUCAUUGUUGUUGGCCCAUUGUAAUUGCAGUCACUGUGGCGUAUACUUGACAUCUUCGCCGCCAAAUUGUGCGACUUCUCCUUCGACUUUGGCUGCCGCCUCAGCUCCCCUUGGCCGCUCCUUGGGCUCUGGAUCCUUGUGACAUUGCCGUGAAGACGUGAAGAGCCCUCAAAUCCGCUAUUCCACUGUAUUCGCAAUCCAUUUGCCUGCUGCCCUUCUGCGACAGGCAAACAAAUUUUGCAAUUCAAUUUCUAUUGUGCAUUGCCGAUGCGAAAUGUGCGCAUCGUUUGCUGUCAAUGCCGAGCAUUUCGCAUAAAAAUUGAAAAUUGCAUGCAAAUUAAAUAAAUAGACAUCCGCUGGAGCGCGAGGAGCACAACAGCUGAGCUAGACACUCAAGAAUAUACGAGUACGUACGAUAUAUAUGUAUAGUACGAGAAGAUAUAGACGCGCUGCGAAAAUGACAGUUGUGAGUUGUGGCUCAGAUUCGACUUUGUGUGCGGGGCGCAAUCAAAGCAAACGUCAUUAGCACUCGCGACAUCGCCUUCGAUUGACAGGAGUAAGGAGGAGAAGGAGAAGCAGGAGGAGCAGGACCAGAUUCCUGCCGCAGCAGCAGGCACGAACAACUCCACAUUUGCAUAACUUCGGUGCAGCGCCAGAUCCAGAUUCCAAUUCACAGAUGUCAAUGGGCGUGGCAGUGGCACGCGAACCGAGCCAUCUGGAAAUCAAAGCCCAAUUGGCACAAACACGCGGUAAAUAGAAUUCGCAAUCGGAAUCGGAAUUGAAAUAGAAAUUCGCAUUCAAAUGCAAAUAGAAAUUGCCACAAGACCCCCACAGGACGAAAAAAAAAAAAAAAACAUAGCAACUAAAAUACCCAUAAAAUAAUAGGAAAACAAAGAGGGCCAGGGAAGCAGCUGUUGCAGCAAAUAAAAGAACCGCAGCAACUGCAGCAGCAGCAACUGCCACAGCAACAACAAUAGCAACACAGAUAGCAUCAGCGACAGCAACAAUAUGGCGAAGCUGCUGCAAUCGGCGCUGUUUGUCAUCCUGAUAAUGGCCACAAAAUGCGGCAGUGGCUCGGCCCAGAACCAGCAUCACGAGAGCAAUUCCCAGCUGGAUCCCGAUCCGGAGUUCAUCGGGUUCAUCAACAACGUCACAUAUCCGGCAGGACGCGAGGCCAUAUUAGCCUGCUCAGUACGGAAUCUUGGCAAGAACAAGGUGGGCUGGCUGAGAGCCUCCGAUCAGACGGUCUUGGCCCUGCAAGGCCGCGUGGUCACCCACAAUGCCAGAAUUAGCGUCAUGCACCAGGAUAUGCACACCUGGAAGCUCAAGAUCAGCAAAUUGCGGGAGAGUGAUCGCGGCUGCUACAUGUGCCAAAUAAACACAAGUCCCAUGAAGAAACAAGUGGGCUGCAUCGAUGUGCAAGUUCCGCCAGAUAUUAUAAACGAAGAGUCCUCCGCCGAUCUGGCAGUGCAGGAAGGCGAAGACGCCACUCUCACCUGCAAGGCCACGGGAAAUCCGCAACCCCGCGUCAUCUGGCGGCGGGAAGAUGGCGAAAUGAUUCUCAUUCGCAAACCCGGCAGCCGAGAGCUCAUGAAAGUGGAGUCCUACAAUGGAUCCUCGCUGAGGCUGCUUCGUCUGGAAAGACGUCAGAUGGGCGCCUAUUUGUGCAUAGCCUCCAACGAUGUUCCACCUGCUGUCAGCAAACGAGUCUCGCUCAGUGUGCAGUUUGCUCCAAUGGUGAGGGCCCCCAGCCAACUGCUGGGCACGCCGCUGGGCUCCGACGUACAGCUGGAAUGCCAGGUGGAGGCCUCGCCCUCGCCCGUGUCCUACUGGCUGAAGGGGGCGCGAACUUCCAACGGAUUCGCUAGCGUAUCCACGGCCAGCCUGGAGUCCGGCUCGCCGGGUCCCGAAAUGCUACUUGAUGGGCCCAAGUACGGGAUAACGGAGCGCCGCGAUGGCUAUCGGGGCGUCAUGCUGCUGGUGGUGCGUUCCUUCUCGCCCUCCGAUGUGGGCACCUAUCACUGCGUCAGCACAAACUCGCUGGGCCGUGCCGAGGGCACAUUGCGGUUAUACGAAAUCAAGCUUCAUCCGGGCGCCUCUGCCAGCAACGAUGAUCAUCUGAACUACAUCGGAGGUCUGGAGGAGGCGGCGCGGAAUGCGGCACGGAGCCACCGGACGACGUGGCAGCCGCUGCUCGCGGUGCUGCUGCUUCUGUGGAUGAGACUCAAGGGAUGGACAGCGGGAGCGUGAUAUCAAAACUGAGAGAAGAAGAGCCGGCAAUCAAGUAUUCCUACGGAUUCCCUCGGACACCGACAUCGACAUCUCUCCACCCGCCCGCGUUCUUGUUGUUCGUUUCCGUUUCCGGUUCUGCCAUCAUUCCCCAUUCCCUACUUAGCGGACCCUUUCAUAUCCCCCUUCUUAAUACAUAUUGCCGGAGGCGCCUCCCGCUGCCUCAGAUAUCAUUUGCAUACGUAUCAGGAAACGCGUCGUUCCCACCCGCGCUGCUCCCCUCGCCAAAAACAGCCCUGCUACUGCCCAGCCCGCUCCCUAAAAGGACUAAAAAGGAUAUCAAGUGCGGACAAUUGGAUGCCAAGCCCUUCCCUUAACCCCAGCCCCAAAUAAUGUUACA